GGCUCGGACGCUGCGGUGGGCGGUCUUUCGUCUGAGUUUGUGUUACGUAGUGAUGUGAUUUGUGCUAAUGUUUACGAAGGUACAUUGGAUUGACCUGAAAAUGUGACACUGUGCUAGUGUAGUGAGAGUUAUGAAUCAUGACGUCAUAUGUAGGUGUGAAUGACACAGUGGUGUGGACUUAUGAAGAGGGCUUCCCUCUUUUGAUGCCUCGGUGGGGUUACGUGGCAUCCGCGUUUGUGCUCUUUCUGAUUGGAUUUUUCGGAUUCUUCCUCAAUUUAAUGGUGAUCUUGCUCAUGUUUAAGGAUCGACAACUGUGGACACCCCUAAAUAUCAUACUGUUCAACCUGGUGUGUUCCGACUUCUCCGUAUCUGUCCUGGGAAACCCGUUAACCCUGAUAUCAGCUCUCUUCCAUCGGUGGAUCUUCGGCCGUACUAUGUGUGUGCUGUAUGGAUUCUUUAUGGCACUUUUGGGUAUAACUUCCAUAACCACUUUAACGGUGAUAUCCUUCGAGCGCUACCUCAUGGUGACCAGGCCGCUCCGGUCCAGGCACCUCAGUUCCAAGGGAGCGGCUCUCUCCGUGGUCUUCAUUUGGGCGUACUCCCUGGCGCUCACUACACCACCCUUGAUGGGGUGGGGGAAUUAUGUUAAUGAAGCUGCUAAUAUAAGCUGUUCGGUAAACUGGCACGAGCAGAGCAUGAACACGCUGACCUACAUCCUGUUUCUGUUCGCGAUGGGGCAGAUUGUGCCCCUGGCGAUCAUCACCUUCAGCUACGUGAACAUCAUCAGGACUAUGAAGAGAAAUUCCCAGCGGCUCGGCCGAGUCCGAGUGAGUCGCGCAGAAGCAAGGGCCACCUCCAUGGUGUUCGUGAUGAUCAUUGCCUUCACUGUGGCCUGGACACCGUAUUCCUUCUUCGCUUUAAUGGAACAGUUUGCUACUGAGGGAAUUAUUUCACCUGGCGCCGGAGUGAUACCAGCUCUAGUUGCCAAAAGUUCCAUUUGCUACGACCCGCUGAUAUACGUCGGCAUGAACACUCAAUUCCGACAAUCCAUCAAGAAAAUAUUUGGAGUACAUUCAAAAGGUCGUGGUUCUCCUGCCAGCAGAGCAUUUAAUAAUACAGCUAUGUCUCCAGCCCAUAAGUUAUCUGCUUUCAAUGAUAUUACAGUACGUUUUAAUACAUCAGAAACUAAUCUUUCGAGUACGCCGAAAAAGCUUAAAGAAAAAGCGUUCAGCUUAGAAGAAUCUGAUGAAACAAAUUACGACGGAAGUCGUCACUUACCCAAAAUGUAUGAACUAGGAACAAUACAAGAAACAAAAACAGCAUCCGAUGCGGAACGCUCCGUUGAUACUGUUUACGAUGAAGAUAGUAGUAACAAGAGAGACGAUACAGAUAUCUCUCCCACAUUAAUAAUCGAUCAUGAACGCUUAUUUUACAGUAAAAGAGAUGAGAGUUCUCUGAAUCCAAACAUCAAAAUUGAUGACCAAGUAUUCACAAGCAAAAGUAGUGAAAGCGACGCUAAUAAAUCUAAAAAUAUCAAACAUAGUUAUUCGUUUGAUUUGGGGCAAGUUCCCCCUGAAGCGAAAUCGAGGAAAUACUCAGUUGAAACGUACAUACCAUCGAAAAGUUUCUUCAAAGAGACAAUAGUUAGUAAAUUUUUCGACAAAGAUUGCGUUCAACUGCAGAACAACUUCAAUGUGUAGCUAGUAAUGAUAUCGAAAGUGUAUGAGGGAACAAAAUUUAGCACAAAUAUACGUAUUAGCUUAGCAUUUUAUUGUUAAUAGAGAAUGAGGAUAAAGGGUACUUUUAAUGAUUGAAGGAUCUGUGAUAGAAGACAUCAGUGCCAAUUUUAUUUGUAUUUUUAUAAUAACGAAUUUAUAUGUAGAAUUAAGAGUAUGUGUAUAGUUCAUUACACUAUGAAGUGGCCGUCAUUUUAUGUAAGAAACUAUUGAAGUGAAAUCAUACAAUUAAAAAAUAUAAAGGAUAAAAAAGGAAAAGUAUUUUGUAAAAACAUUCACAAAAUAUCAAACGUUCGUUGUAAAGAUCAUAGAAGAAAAGCAUUAUCAAAAGAGAUGGCCUUAAUAUAUUUUUGUACGAUAAUCAUAAGCACCGAUUGUCUUUGAAAGUGGAAUGGUACACGAGCAAUGAAAUCUCCUUUCGUGUAAAAUAUGACAAUAUUGCCAUAAAAGAAAAAAAUAUAAUGAUUUUACUUCAAUAUAUCGAAUAUCAUGUGUUCACCAUUAGACUCACAUUCAGAGGUGCUUGUAAAACCAACUUUAGAGGAAUUCGAUUCCAAAAAAUAAGUAUAUUUUGCUUCAUCAUUUUGUUGUCAUCCAUUUUAAAUAUUAAAUUAAUGUUAAUGUUGUUAAGAUAUUAAUACUAAAUGUUACUGUGUCAUCGGUAAACUAAAAUAUUUUUAUUGUUAGCUCUGAAUUGU